AUGGAGUACGGAAGUUCUUUGCUUGUGCCGAGUGUUCAAGAGUUGGUUAAGGAGCCCAUAAUCACUGUCCCAUCCAGAUACAUUCGUCCUGAUCAAUAUGACAAAACCAGUAAUAAAAUUAUUUCUGUUUCUGAAAUCCCAGUUAUCAACUUCCAAAACUUGCUUUGUCAUGGUGAGUUAUCUGAAUCUGAAUUAGCUAGCUUCCACUCAGCUUGCAGGGAUUGGGGCUUCUUCCAGUUGAUAAACCAUGGGAUAAGCUCUUCCUUGGUAGAGAAAAUAAAGACAGAUAUUCAAGACUUUUUUAAUCUUCCAAUGGAAGAGAAGAAAAAGUUGUGGCAACAUUCAGGAGAAGUAGAAGGAUUUGGACAAGCCUUUGUAAAAUCUGAAGAACAAAAGCUUGACUGGAAUGACAUCUUCUUCUUGACCACACUUCCAGUUAGUUUGAGGAAGCCCCAUUUGUUUCCAAAGCUUCCUACUCCAUUCAGGGACAACUUGGAGACUUGUGCAUUGGAACUCAAAAAUCUUGCCAAGGCUAUAAUCUCCCAAAUGGAAAAGGCUCUUGAAAUUAAAGGCAAAGAAAUGACUAGAAUGUUUGAAGAUGGAAUGCAAGCAAUGAGGAUGAACUAUUACCCUCCAUGCCCUCAACCAGAACAAGUGAUGGGUCUAACUCCUCAUUCUGAUUCCGUUGGCCUUACCAUUCUCCUGCAAAUCAGUGAAGUGGAAGGACUCCAAAUAAAGAAAGAUGGCAUGUGGGUCCCAGUCAAACCCCUUCCUAACGCCUUCAUUGUCAACAUUGGAGACAUCGUGGAG